GGCGGCACAGGCGGCGGCGGAGGCGCGCGACGCUAAGGGUAAGUGCCACCGUGCGGAACCCUGGCGGCAAGGCGUUUGCCACGGCGCAACGAUCUGAUAGAAGCACACUGCCUGCACACGGUGACGCGCCCUACGAGUGCGGUCAGAUGCGGCGCACGCUUCACGCAGGGCGGGAUAGCGCUCAAAACCACCGCUCAGCCGCCACGGCGGGCGCGGGCCUGCCCGCGCCCCCCGGCGGCGGCUCCCCGGCCGACGCCCCCAGCCAGGUCUUCGCCUGCUCGCACUGCGGCAAGGUGUUCCUCAUCAAGGCCAACACUGGAGUCGUACGCGGCGUCGCCCGGACAGUGGUGUCUCCGUCGGCGUCGCGAGCUCUUAGAAAGCGUGAGCGCGAGCGUGAGCGUGGGCGUGUGUCGCAGGAGCGCCUGCGGCUGCACCUGCGCGUGCACACGGGCGAGCGGCCGUACGCGUGCUCGCAGUGCCCCAAGCGCUUCGCGCGCGGCGGGCAGCUGGCGCAGCACGUGCGCAGCCACUCGGGCGCGCGGCCGUUCCGCUGCGAGCGCUGCGGCGCCGCCUUCUCCUGCCCGACCAACCUCAAGACGCACGUGAAGCGCCACCUGGGCGAGCGCGACCACGUGUGCGACGUGUGCGGCAAGACGUUCACCCGGCGCGACGGCCUGCGCAAGCACCUCGCCUGCCUGCACGGCGGCGUGCGCGCCUUCCGCUGCUCCAUCUGCCAGAAGGACUUCAAGACCAAGGCCGAGCUGGAGGCGCACCCGUGCUCCGCGCCGCCCGUCGCGGACGACGCGGACGACCCCGACGACCCCAAGGCCGUCGUCUCGGACGCCGCCGAGGUGCUCGUUUCUGUUCGUUGGCCUGGGUGA